CAAUUGUACCGUGGUAACCACGGCGUGGUUAAACGGAUACGCUCGUUUCUGAACGUAACCAAACUUUAAUCCAUAAACACAUCAAACCAAACCAGAAUUAAACUCUAAAAGAAGAAUUGUUUAUGUAAUACUUGUUAAAAAGAUGUUAACAGCAAAAGCAAAGAUAAUUAAAAGUGGCGGAGCUGAACCUGAUCAAUUCGAAUUAAGCAUUGCCCAGGCUCUCCUUGAAUUGGAAAUUAAUAGCGAUCUCAAAUUGCAACUGAGAGAGUUAUAUAUUACCAAAGCUAGAGAAGUUGAAACAAUCAAUAAAAAGUGUAUUAUUAUAUAUGUGCCUAUGCCAAAGCUGAAAGCAUUUCAGAAAAUUCAAACAAGACUGGUACGUGAACUGGAAAAAAAAUUUUCUGGAAAGCAUGUGAUGUUUACUGGAGAACGUAAAAUUUUACCCAAGCAGACAAGAAAAUCACGUACCAAAAAUAAGCAAAAACGUCCAAGAAGCCGUACUCUGACUAGUGUUUACAAUGCUAUAUUGGAAGAUUUAGUAUAUCCUGUUGAGAUUGUUGGUGUUCGUACUAGAGUUCGACUUGAUGGGUCCCAGCUUAUUAAAGUCCAUCUUGAUAAAAAUGAGCAAACUAAUAUUGAACAUAAGGUUGAUACUUUCACUUCAGUGUAUAAACAGCUGACCGGACGGAAUAUCACAUUUGAAUUCUCUGAAUCUUAUGUAUGAUAAACAGACAAAGGAAAAUAAAAGUAUUUUGUAAUCCAUAA